CCCUCCUACCAGUAAAGCUCAGUCAGCGCUGUGCUGUCCCAGUGGCUGUGCCAGGAAGUCGGCGCGUUGUUCUCUGAUCUUAUUGGUUGCUAAGUGCUUGCGUGUCAAGCCACCCGCAACUUCCCGGAAGGAGGAAGCGGCUCCCGGGGCUCGGCACGGGUUCUGAGGGAUCGGAGCCAUCAGGAUACCGGUGGAGAGCCGGGCACGAAGGGAAGGGGCGGCGAAGGUCGGAUAUAUAAAGGGUAUAUCUGGUGAUCGGGUGUUCCAGCACUCGGCUGUCCCCAGAAGCGGCUGCCAGGAUGUUGCCAUUGUCUAUAAAGGAUGAUGAAUAUAAGCCACCUAAAUUCAACCUGGUCCGGAAAGUGUCGGGCUGGAUCAGGUCAAUCUUCUCAGAUUCUACAUCAAGAAACUUAUUCUGUUUUCUCUGCUUGAAUUUAUCCUUUGCAUUUGUGGAACUCUUCUAUGGAAUAUGGAGCAACAGCUUAGGUCUGAUCUCCGAUUCCUUCCAUAUGUUUUUCGACUGCACAGCAUUGUUAGCUGGCCUAGCUGCUUCUGUGAUAUCCAGGUGGAAGACAAAUGACGCGUUCUCAUAUGGGUUCGUCCGGGCAGAGGUCCUGGCAGGUUUUGUGAAUGGUCUGUUCCUAAUCUUUACAGCAUUUUUCAUCUUCUCGGAAGGAGUGGAGCGAGCUUUGGACACCCCAGAGGUCCAUCAUGACCGGCUGCUUCCAGUGUCUGUCCUGGGAUUCCUAGUAAAUCUCAUUGGAAUAUUUGUGUUCCAGCAUGGUGGAAAUCACCAUGGCCAUUCACAUGAAGGAGGCCAUGGACACAGCCAUUCUUCAUUUAAUGGUUCCUUAAGCCAUGGGCACAGCCAUAGUGGGGGUCACGGGCAUAGCCAUGGCACAGGUCAUGGUCACAGCCAUGAAAGCGAUCAUGGGCAUGGACACGAGCAUGGACACGGCCAUAAACAUGAUCACCAUUUUGGCUCUCGUAACGAUGAACCUCCAGAGGAGAUUAGGGGGCCCAGCAAGCAGAUUUUAGAAGGUGUAUUUUUGCACAUUGUUGCAGACACUCUGGGCAGCAUAGGGGUGAUUAUCUCUACUCUUCUAAUGCAGCACUACGGAUGGAUGAUUGCCGACCCCAUUUGUUCCAUGCUUAUUGCUAUGCUUAUUUUCGUCAGUGUUAUACCUUUACUCAAACAGUCGAUUGGUAUCCUGAUGCAACGGACUCCUCCUUCCUUGGAUAAUGUACUUCCCGAGUGUUACCAGAGGGUGCAGCAGUUACAGGGCGUUUACCACCUUCAAGACCCACAUUUCUGGACCCUCUGCACAGACGUUUAUGUUGGGACUCUGAAGCUGGUAGUUGGGCCUGAGGCUGAUACCCGCUGGAUUCUCAGUCAGACUCAUAAUAUUUUCACACAGGCUGGCGUUAGGCAACUAUACGUACAGAUAGAAUCUGCAGCAAUGUAAUCCCUCAGCUGACCUCAUAUCGGACCAAAGUGUAGACCUGAACACUAGGACCUGAGCUCCUACUCUGAUAAAGCCACUGCAGCGAUGCACCCAUUGGGACCAAGUCUCACUCGUCUGCCUGUGGGCAGAGAGGGUCUCCCAUUUGUGCCACAUUUCCUUCAAUUGCCAAUGUACUUUUUUUACAGUGUAAGGACUGCAUAUCGGAUGUUGCCUUUAACACUGUCCAAGAUACCCGGUGCCUCUUAUGAAGUCAUGAUGUACUGUUGAGCUGUAUUUCUUACAGCCAUUCUGCCAGUCACACCAUCAGAUAUACAUAUAUGCACCUUAGGUCUAUUGACUCUUCAUCCAAGGAUAGACUUGAACUGAAACCAAAUGCAUGCAGCAUCUCUCUCGGUGGACAUGGAGGCCAAUAUUAUGAAAUGCAGCAUCCUCAUACAAACUGUUGUAACUUGCCCAACUCCAAUCAAUGUCGGGGAACACAGUCCAUUGUGCUGAAUACAGUGCUGUGUUUGGCCAACCUCUGUUAUAGAAAAAAAAUACCUGACCUCUUCAUUGCUUAUUGUAAAGAACAGGGAAGUAGUUUAUGCUUCAGACUAGUAGAUUUCUGUGAACAGUGUUAUAAUUCGCUAAACCAGCAAGGCUGCCAAUGAGCAAAGUGACUCUUUGCCAGUUACAGCCCCCACUUAGAAACUGGAUAGUAAUGCUAUAACCCAAGUGCCUUUCCCUACCAUUUGGUUGGGAGACCUGAUGCCCCAUAGCACAGCGGGGUGUGACCUAUGCUAUGUCUUGAUGUCAUCGUGGUUGUAUCCUGCAUUCUAUCUGUCCAUCUGGGAUGUUUCUCUGCAGCCUAUAGUUUUAUUGCUGCAUCACAGAAAAGCUGGAUGUAAGAUUAUAACAAAGAAAAAAA